UGUCAACAUUUUAUUUUGAUUAAAAUGUUUAUAACCAUUACAUCUGUGACAAAUUAAAUUUCUGUUAAUCUUUCACAACUUAAAAAUUAUAUUUGUACACAUUUUUUAUUUGAUACAAUUUGUUUAAGUAUCGAUAUUUACGAAGCAUCCUAUAUAAUCUAUAAAUUCUCAAUUGUAUGAUUUAAAUGCUUACUUUUUUUUUGUUAACCUUCUACAGCUGGCAUGCAUUACUUAAUAUCAUGUUUAUGUUCGUUGCGACAAAAACGCGUACCGGCUUCUCAUCUCUCUCUCUCUCUCUCCAAAAUAUGAAUCUUCCACUUGGAGCAAGUCUUGGCACGUCGUCGAGAAAAGUACGUGUCAUCGAUUGUUCGUUUUUCCGAUGGGGGAUGGCGAACAGUCUCAUUUCCAUCCGAAGGGAAGCGUCUCCCUCUCUCGAUUUCUCUUUGUCGUCCGCCGCCGCCGUCUCGUCUUGGCGCUGCCUUUAAGACGCGCGGCUACCCCGCCACGUAAGGACGCUACGCAGAGGCGCCGACGAGCGGUCAAUAGUUUCGCUGGUCGUACACCUGUCUGUCGCGCGAGGUUGCGGACGAUAGUAGGAAGGGGUUAUGGUCAAUAAACGCAACCACGUCACACGCAGCCUAUCGGCGGCGGCGACGACGACGACGACGACGACGACGACCCCGCUUGGCCCCUUGAAGUGGCUCCGUUGCUCCGAAAAUCUUACGUGUCGACCGAUACCACCGCUUUCGUGCAGCUGCUUCGCCGGAUAAACCGGGUAAGGGUCGUGCGGAUCGACGUGAAACGCGGAGCAACGGAUGCGGCGCGCGUCAAGGAAUCCGUAGGCAGGUGUCGCAGCCUCGCGACCGGUAGAUAUCUCGCCAGGAUGCCCGAUAGACUGUCUCUCGAGUUGUGGCACUCGUGAGGUGAAUGGACAGCACUGUGGUUGUUAAAGAAGCAAACACGGGUAUUGCGGAAAUAAGUUGGAUUUAGUCGAAAUAUUAAUUUUAUCCACGAUUUAGUCUACAUUAUUUUAGCUAUCUUGUAAUUUGACUUUGAAAAUGAUAGAGGAUUGGAGAGAUGGAAUCAAUGUCACUUAUGUCAGUGUGUUGAGCUCAAUGCCAAAAGAGUAUCAUCUUGCCUUGAGACAGUGAGGGAAAUGCGAGACUAUAGAUGUCAGAGACAGGGGAGGAACGUGCUGUUAGACUGUAUACGACUGCGGAGAUAAUGAAAAACGCCAGAGCCAAAGAGACCGAGGAACAGGCGGCAUUGCGGAGGAUGCAGGAGGCCCAGCGGAUGGCGAGGCAUCGCGCCAAAAAGAAGCGCUGCCUAGACGAAAAUCUCGCGCGAGAGAUUUCCAAGAUCGCCGAGCUGUCGAAGAUGCCUGUGCCCGACUCCACCACGAUAGCCCAGAUGUCAGAGAUGAAUAUGAACAAGAUAUCUGCGGAAUUGAAGCAGAUGAUGGAGAGGGGAAAAGUACCUGAGCAUAUAGUUCAAAUGGCUCAACUGGCGGAAUUUAGCAAGAUGAAUUCCGAGUUGAACAAAAUGUCGCAGGACAUGAAGAGGUACGAGAUGGAAAAGAUGGCGGAAUACGCUAAGACUACGGAAUACAUGAAGAUGCAGGAGAUCGCCAAGAUGAACGAGAUGGUGAAGCUGUCCGAGAUGGCCAAGUAUAACGACAUUAGCAAGAUCAACGAGAUGGCCAAGAUGAACGAGAUGCUGAAGAUAUCAUCGCAGAUGGCCAAAAUCAGCGAGGCGCAGAGGAUAACCGAGCUGGCCAAACUGAACGAAAUGGUGAAGAUGACAGAGAUGGCAAAGUACAGUAACGACAUUACGAAACUGACCGAAAUCGCGCAGAUCAACGAGAUGGCGAAGGAGCUCGCUAAGAUGAACGAGAAAACGAAGAUGAACGAGAUGAUGAAGAUGGCCAACAUGCAGAACGACAUCGUUAAGAUGGAGAGAUCGGACUACCCGGUGAAAAUGACCAACGAGAUGGUGAAGUUGAACGAGCUGGCCAAAAUGAACGAGAUAACGAUCACGAAACUGAACGACCCGCCGAAGGUGUCGGAGAUCUCGUCGAAGAUCUCGGAGAUGCCGCCGAAGAUGCCGGAGAUCUCGUCGCUGCCACCACCGCGUAUCCCCGAACCCGUCAUCACCGUGCCAAAUCCGAGGAAUCUGCAGAACGUGCAGACCGUGCAGGUGGCACAGGCCAGCCCGCAAUCCAGCAUGAUCAACUACCAGCCGGUACCUGGCCAGAAUAAUUACGGCAAGCUGCUGUUGAUCAUCGAGGAACUCGGCCGGGACAUCCGUCUGUCGUACGCGGGCAGCCGCAGCGCCGCCGAGAGGCUGAAGAACGGCAUCCAACAGGCCCGGGUCGCCGUGCGGGACUGCCUGCAUGAGACGCAGCACAACGCGCAACAAUGAUCUGCCGACGCGAGCUAGCCAGCUAGCGAUUAGACUACUCAUAGCCUUUUAUUCGUUUCACCAGAUGUUGCUUUGUACGAAUUACCGCUUCAAUUCGGACUGUGGUAUUAACACGACCCGGACAUAUACAUAGCGGACGUACGUGCAUUGCUCGAGCGCUCCUUCUUUCUCCAACGGAUAAAAGAACAUUGACUGUUAUCUUUUUCACUUUACGCGAGAACCUCUUUACUUAGUCUUCUCAGCUCGGUCCGUGCACGUAUGUCAUUCGAACAGUGACUGACAAUGGUUUCCUACAUUUAAGUUGCAAUUUAGUAACAUAGAAAUGGGAAUAAAGGUACCAAUUUGUAUACACAUAUUGUACUACUUAGGCUCGUUUUCACAAUAUAUAAUAACCAAAAGUUUAGGUUGAUUGCAACUUGAAAAUUGAUACACUCUCGUUCAUAAGCUUAUCGUUAAAAAUUACGUGUAUGUACACGCGUAAUGUUUAUUUAAUCAUGAGCCUAUAAAAGUAUGUAUUAAUUUUUUAGUUAUAAUUAGCCUAACGUUUUGAUUAAUCAUAUAUUAAGUUUUAACUUGAACUUAAUAGAAUGUCUAAAUGAAGUUGGAGCUAGUAAACUAGAUAAUGUGUGAAGUUAUGGAAAGAGAAAUUGAAUACUCUUAAAAUGAUGUACCAAUUUAAUGAGCAAUCGGGAAGAAAAAUACAGAACAUUUACAUCAUUCGGGGCUUCGAUAAGGCUAAUAAUCAUAGUCACAAGUGUCUUACAUCUGUUUGCAGAUCUGACACAUUAAACUCCUCCUCUCCCCCCAAAAAUUAUAUUAUGAAAGCGGGCCUUAGGGAAUAUUAGAGAAUCUUAGUUUAUAUUUUAUAAAUAAAAAAAGAUGGUUACAUCAUGGUUUCUGUUAAGACUCGCAUAUGCCGCAAAUCAUUAGUAUACGUUUCAAGUGAAACAAAGAGGAGAAAAAAGAAGGAUGCAAGCUUUUCAAAUUGUACCUAAUGGAAAGUAUAAUCCCGUAAAUAUAUGCCGUAAAAUAUCGUUAAAUAAAUAAAAAUUUUGUAUACAA